CCGUGUGACGGGAGCGCAGCCCCCGAGCGGGCGCCGGGCCUGAGGCGGCGGGGUCGGCACCAGCUGCGGGGCCCGGCCCGGCCCGGCCCGGCCCGCCGGCGGACACCAUGUUCUCCCUCAAGCCGCCCAAACCCACCUUCAAGUCGUACCUUCUGCCUCAGGCUGAAGACAGCGUAGCGUCAGAACCGAGGAUUAAGAAACUGGAGCCGGUGCUUUUGCCAGGUGAAAUUGUGGUAAAUGAAGUGAAUUUUGUAAGGAAGUGCAUUGCAACAGACACGAGCCAGUAUGACCUGUGGGGCAAGCUGGUUUGCACCAACUUCAAGAUUUCCUUCCUUACGGAUGACCCGAUGCCACUGCAGAAGUUCCAUUUUAAAAACCUCCUCCUGGGAGAACACGACGUGCCGCUCACGUGCAUCGAGCAGAUUGUCACAGUGAAUGACACCAAGAGGAAGCAGAAGGUCCUGGGUCCCAACCAAAAACUUAAAUUUAAUCCAACUGAAUUAAUAAUUUAUUGCAAAGACUUCCGGAUUGUCAGAUUCCGUUUUGAUGAGGCAGGACCCGAAAGUGCAAAAAAGGUGUGCCUUGCAAUAGCUCAUUAUUCUCAGCCAACAGAUCUUCAGCUUCUCUUUGCAUUUGAGUAUGUUGGGGAAAUGUAUCAUAAUCUAGCAAAGGUGAAUGGCAUAGACCCAGGAGGUGGUGGCAGUGGCAUCGGCAGCACCAGCGCUCAGCAGACACCUUUGUUUGAAACCUACUCUGACUGGGACAGAGAAAUCAAAAGGACAGGUGCAUCCGAGUGGAGAGUGUGCUCAGUCAACGAAGGGUACAUGAUUUCUACUUGCCUUCCAGAAUAUUUUGUGGUUCCAUCUUCCUUAGCAGAUCAAGACCUUAAGCUAUACUCCUACUCUUUUAUUGGGAGGCGAAUGCCAUUGUGGUCCUGGAACCACCCUAACGGGAGCGCCCUUGUGAGAAUGGCCAACAUUAAAGAUGUACUGCAGCAACGAAGGAUUGAUCAAAGGAUUUGUAAUGCCAUAACUCGGAGCCAUCCCCUGAGAAGUGAUGUUUACAAAUCUGACCUGGACAAGUGUCUGCCCAGCAUCCAGGAAAUCCAGGCUGCACACAUCAAACUCAAACAGCUCUGUGUCAAUGAGCCUUUUGAAGAAACGGAGGAGAAGUGGCUGUCCUCACUGGAAAACACUCGCUGGUUAGAGUACAUUAGAUCAUUUCUGAGGCAUUCUGCUGAGCUUGUCUAUAUGAUGGAGUGCAAGCACGUCUCUGUAGUUCUACAAGAGGAAGAGGGACGGGACCUGAGCUGUCUUGCUGCUUCUCUCAUCCAAGUCAUGCUGGAUCCCUAUUUUCGAACAAUUGUUGGAUUUCAAAGCUUAAUACAGAAGGAAUGGGUCAUGGCAGGAUAUCAGUUUUUAGACAGGUGCAACCACUUAAAGAGAUCUGACAAAGAGUCUCCUUUGUUCCUGAUGUUUCUUGACUGCGUGUGGCAGCUGCUGGAGCAGUACCCAGCAGCCUUCGAGUUCUCCGAGGUGUACCUGACCCUGCUGCACGACAGCGCCCGCAUCUCGCUCUUCGGCACCUUCCUCUUCAACUGCCCCCACCAGCGCGUCAAGGAGAGCACUGAAUUCGCUAUAAGCAAAAACAUCCAGCUGGGUGGUGAGAAAGGCCUCAGGUUCCCCUGUGUUUGGGACUGGUCUCUGCAGUUCUCCAGCCGGGACCGCCUGCUGUUCCACAACCCCCUGUACGUGGGCAAGAGCGCGCCGUGCGUGCACAACGGGGCCAUGAAAUCCUUCAAACGCUCCAAGAAAAACUACAGCUCCACCCUGCGAGGUGCCCCCCCAGCACUAAAGAACGGGAUCAUCGGGGAGCAGGAGUUCCUUCCAAGGAGAAACUCUCUGAUCCUAAAACUGAAACCGGACCUUUUCCAGCCGGCGGAGAGCCCGAGCCACAGCAGGGAGCAGUUCUUCAGGGACUGGUUUGCAAAGCCAGUGGACCUGCAUGGCCUGAUCCUGCCCCACCUCUCUGCAACGCAAAUCAAACUGUGGAAACUGUGCUACUUCCGCUGGGUUCCCGAGGCCCAGAUCAGCCACGGCGGCUCCGUCGCCGCCUUCCACAGGGUGUCCGUGCUGGCCGAUGAAGUGGACACCUUGAACCGGAGCCUUCGGCACUGCAAAACCAACCUCUCCUUGCAAGGCCCCUGCACGGAACUGGAUCACAGCAGGAUGUACUUCAGAGCCAGCGGUUUCAAUGACACCUCGGGCGCCCCAGACUUCCUCUCCUCCUCAUUCCCCUUCUCUCCUGUCGGGAACCUUUGCAGACGGAGCAUUCUGGGAACACCGUUAAGCAAAUUUUUGAGUGGUGCCAAAAUCUGGCUGUCCACUGAGACGCUGGCAAAUGAAGACUGAGGUGAUGUGGUGAUUUAAAGGUCUGAGGAGAAUACAGCAUAUCAUUUUGUCUUUUCUAAAUUAACACUGCUAAAUGCGGCAUUGAAAGCUGUAAUAAUUUUUAUAUACAAACCUUACGUAAGUUUUGCACAAAUAUUUAAAAGCAAGGCAAGUCAUGCUUCAAACCGCACAAUUUUGUCUUCAGGAGUUCUCCUCUGCUGGGGCUUCUGGUCCCUAAUUCCUCCUGUCCUUUGGGGUUUGGCUCUUUACAUGCAAUGGAGUGCUUCGUUAGCUAAUUGAGAGGUUUGGUGUGGUCAUUAAUGUGGGUUCUGCUUGAAUAUCCUUUUUUCCCAGACAGUGACUGACAUGACCCUUUGAGAAAGCAGCUUGGAAAGCCAAAGCAGUGCAAUGGACACGAAAUGACAGCUGAAAUCUGGGAACAUACUAUUUUGUCAGACAGCCUCUUCAGGAAGAAUAGUUUCAUGCAUAAAUACAAACACAUUAAUGUUCUGUGAGUUGUCACCCUACACAUCUGCUAAUGCAGAGUGUACCCACGGGAGAGGCCGUUCCCUUUCUCUCCGCAGAACGUGUUCAUUAACAAUUAGUCAGAUUGUGCUCCUUGUCGUGAGCUUGACUUCGGACUGUAGAAAUCCAGGUCAGGACAAUGCACUGUUAACCUUAAAAUAUUUACUGUAAAUGUGGUAUUGUAGUAGCUUUAGAAGUGCCUUUAACUGGGAGGACACAGUAGCAAGAUUACUCUAAUGCAGCUGACACCCCCCAGCUUUUCACAAGAGAUUGUUGUGGCAAGUUCUUGUUCCAUCCCCUGCCUCCCCCUCUCCAUUUCUGGAGUGGUCCAGGUGAGAUUUUCACUUUUUUUAUACAGGCACCUCAAAUCCUCAGCAUUGGACCCUGCCUAGCGUCUCAUUUUUCUGUAGGAUGAAGCAGCUUUCAGCAGAACCCCCUCGAGCCAGCUGGGCUCCAGAAAGGAGGGCUCAGUCAGUGUUGGGAGCCCCACGAGGGGUGGUGGUGCUGCAGUCACCUGGGCAGGGGCUGGAAGAGCAGAAGUUGUGCAGAGCUGUGUGUGGGGGCACAGAGGUGUCUGCAGGGGGCUCGGGGCUGCUGUCACACAAAGCCAGACCCUUCUGCUCAACUGUUUGUGAGGAAAAAACGUGUAUUGGCCUCAAUUGCCCACUUCUGCUGCAAGACGGGCUGAACACGUUCCAUGGUCCACAAACCAGUUGUGUUUAUCUCCAAGCUCGCUGGAGCAGUCAUCUCACUGUUCAGCUCAUUAUUCACACAUUUGUCUUAGUUUGCUUUUGUGAUUUCCUUUUUCCCAUUAGCUCACUGCUUUCCCUGGCCUGAUACUUGACAUAACAGACCUCAACCUGUGUGCUUAGUAUCUUUUGGUACCAAUUUUUUUUCUUUUAAAUGACAGUUGACUAUAUAUAUAUAUAUUUUUUGUCUUUAAAAGUAUAACUUUGGUUUAAAGGUACCAAAAAUGUGUAAAUAAAUACUCCACAAAAGCAGCUGGUGGAAUUAAAAAAAAAAAAUUAAGGCUAGUACCCUUUGGGGGAAAAAAUGGGUACUAUAUUUAAACAGAAUUGUCUUUUAUAAGGAAAUUACAGACAUUUUUACAUUUCAGUUCUAAGAUGUGUACAGAUGCUGCAGAGGGUCUUUGUAUUUUAUAUAUAUAGCAUGGGAGGGGGUUAAAAAAUAAUAUGCCUUUAAAAUAAACAAAACCUGUUGAAAUAUGUAUUUGCCAAACAGACUUAAAAAGACAUUUUAUACCAUUCAAAAAGGGGAGUCAGGUAAGCAGAGGCUGAGAGGGGGCACCUCCUGCAGAGGAGGGGAAGGGACCCACCUUUCCCUGCACAUGUGGACAGGGUUCUGUUCCUGGUGUCCAGGGCCUUGCCUUGCUGUGUGUGUGUGAGUGAGUGAGUUUGUGCCUCUGGGUGCUGGCUCUGCCUCCUCAGCUACACAUCUUAACACCUUUUAAUUUACUUUUGAAAGACAGGUACUAAAUGUUAAUUUUGAAAUAUCCUCCACUGCACAGUUGCCUUAUAAAAUCAGUAGGGACUGCUCUAAUAACUCUCAAAAGCAAUUUUGGGGUCUGAGUGGGUGUCUGUCUUUGAUGUUUGUGUAUAGAAUACUGACAUGCAAGUGUGUAUGUAUAUGUGUGUGUGUAUAUGUGUACACAUUUUCAGAUUUUCAUUUCUGUUCACCAUUUAAACAAGAUACUGGUGAUGCCAUUUUGGUUGCAAGAAUAGAAAAGCUACCAAGAAGCUCAUCUUUUUUUGUCUGUUUGUAGAAAAGCUGCAUUAUUUCAGCUGUUCCUGCUGUGCCAUGGCUUUGUACCACCCUGGAGACCCCAGAGGGAGCUCAGGAGCUGAGGGGGUUUCAUGACCUCAUUCCUGCGAGGUGGAGCUGAGGCAAACUGUGUGGCUGUGGUGGUACCUUUGUCCUCCCUGCACUGGAGCAGAGACGUGGCUUUCCUUCCAGAGGUGCAGGAGAGGGAUGUUUGUGUGUCUGAGCAGCGUGUUCAACGUGCCCCUGCCUGCAGGACCACUCUGCUAGAACUGCCUUGUAUUUUUAUGAACAUGUAGCAAGUUGGGCAAAUGCUUUGGUUACUCUUAGAGGGAAAAACAUUAAAACCAAAAAAAUUCUAACAUAUAUUAAAGCAAAGGAUGAAAUCUUAAAUUUGCCUCUAACAAAGAGACAGAAAUCUGUACCUCAAAUUGCUGUAGGCAGUAGAUUUCUAAUGCUGUUGCUGUGAUGGUUUAGAGUUCACCAUUUCAACUGAAACUAAAACCUUUGUGCCUGAUAAUGAUUUACUGAGUAAAAUAGCAGUGGCAGGAAGAUGAUAAAAUCCUGAUGCUGAGUUGUGAAUGUGAAGUAAAUUAGAGUCAAUAAAAGUUCAUACCUUUCCACAGCAAA